AUGUCACAGCUGUGUGCAGAUACGGAACGUGUGUUUCUAUGUGGAGGUUACAACGGUGAAGUCAUUGUGGCUGAUCUGUGGAAGAUCAACCUGCAGACGUUCCAGUGGACCAAGCUCCCAGCAGUGAUGCCUGAGCCAGCCUAUUUCCACUGUGCUGCUGUGACCCCGGCUGGCUGCAUGUACAUCCACGGUGGUGUGGUGAACAUCCACGAGAACAAGCGGACUGGCUCCCUGUUUAAGAUCUGGCUGGCAGUGCCCAGCCUACUGGAGCUGUGCUGGGAGCGUCUGCUCAAGGCCCACCCCCAGCUGGCUCAGUUACCCACCAUGCAGCUCCUCCACCUGGGACUCACACAGGAACUCAUCGAGCGCUUGAAAUAAUGGAGGAAGGAUGGAUGGAGAUGUCGGAUGGGAACACAGGAUUUAUUUUUAAGGGGGUCGCCUUGAAGGAGUUGAUGGUCCCUCUGCCUACGUAGCCCCGCCUUAAAACCAAAAACAAUGGGAUGCCUUUUUCUUUUUGCGUUUGGACGUCUGAUUUUACAGGGAAUCCAAGUGGAAUGUUUCUUGACCCCGCCCCCAUUCCCCCGUCCCGCCCCCAUUCCCCCGUCUUGUCUUUGUGUUAAGGUCGCCACCCCCUCUCACACGCUUCUAGCCUCUCAAUCCGCCUGCCUACAGACCCAGACAUCAUUUGCUCCACGGCUUUCAGAUUCACCUCGACCCUCACUACUUUCUCAUUUUAUAUUGGCCUUCAUGACUUUAAUAAGAAUGCCAUUUCAGAGGAAUGAUUAUUUAUGAAGGACAUUUAUUUGUAUGUAUUUUCAUGAGACAUUCUGUUCGCCAUUUCUCUCACAUUUAUUUUCUCUACGUACAAUUAGGAAAGUUCGACUCGGAGUCAGAUGAAAAGUUACAAAAACAUGCCAACUGUCUGGUGUGUUACAAGGGAAGGUAGUAUUGGUACCACCCUCAUGCCAGACUUAGACGCAGGUUGUCGUCAGCACUUUUCCCUAUUCAAGGCUUAUUAACAGUCUGAUUUUAAUAGUUUAUUUGUGUGAAGAACAGACUGAUGCUACUGUAGUUGGGUCUCUAAUAGACCACUUCCCUUUCACCUAAUAUCACACCACACUCCUAAUACCCAUUUAACACUGAUUCAGUUAUCCAAUAUGCAUUCAGGUAUCUUGGAUAUACAUACAGGUAUUUGAAACUAUUAUCUCUGGUAGUUCUCUGAUAUACAGUUCUCUGUGAUGGUUAUCUGCAUCAGUGUCCCAAAUUGCACCCUAUUCUCUCUAUAGUGCACUACCUUUGACCAAGGGACUUAGCCCUUAUACCCACCAUAGUAGAAACCUAAUAUCAAUGGGUAAGAGUCAAAACACCUGGUCUCCAUUCAUUCUGAACUGUAUCAGUCACUUUAGUAUGCUUGUGGAAAGUCCAUUUGUAAACUAAAUCAUCCAUCACUGUGAAUAUGGUGCUCCUUUAAAUGUUUUUAUUUAAAUAAAAUGUUCAAUUUCUGUUCCAACUUUUACUCCAUCUUUGCUAAUAGAACAAAUAUUAACAGAUUUUUGUGGAUCUGUUUAAGUAGAAUACUGACAUUGAUCUGAUUCAUUCAGUGCCUUUCCCAAAGUUUCAAUGAAAUUGAAGUACCACAACCUAGACAGAAGGAAACAUGAGUAAUGGUUUAGCUCGAUCCAAACAUACUGACCAUUUAAACAUGACUCCCAUUUUUGAUCGCUUCUCCUUGUCUAUAAUUUCCCCUCCCAUCAAAGAUACCAUAUGCACCACUUGUCAGAUCAGUCAACAAUGCAUUGAUGAAUCUUUUCAUUCUGUGCCCUUUCCAAACACAUUGAACUGCUCCAUUGUCAAGCAAUCAUUGGACAAAUAGUUGAAGCAGCAAUAAUGUGGGAAUAUGUAUUUAUGCUGCUGUAUUUAAGGAUGCUUUAGAGUUCAUGUUGUACUUGGGAGCUGAAUCUGAACAGUAUUCUGCUGUUAAGGCUCAAUGUAUGCAGACAGAGUGCCAGGGUCAGAUAAUCAACACAGAUCAGAUUAUAUGCUGAGCUGGGAACGUGGUUUAACGCCAAAUAUUAUGGCACCUUGAAUUCAAUGCCAUUAAAUCUGCCUUGUGGAACAAAAUAGUAUUUAUUGAUCGUUGCCAAGGGGGUAGUUUAAAAUGUCAAUGAAUACCCAUGAUUCCCUACUCCCCAUCAAGGAAAUGCCUAAAUCUGUGCCUGUCCUCAUUCUAUUACACCUCUUCUCCGCAUGUCAUUAGUCACCUUUUAAGUUGGAAAAGUCGUCUCCCCUGGACUUGAAUCCUUGCUGUGCAGCAAAUGGUUAAGGCGAUCGCUGAAUUGAUAAUUGUAUUGGUGAAUGUUAAAUUUUUCGAUUGUUGACGAGUCAAUAAACAUGUACUGUAAAUAG